GGAUUGGAUGAGUGGCAUUGGAUGAAUUCACAUUUUCAUAUAACUUUUUUCCCUAUCGACUAACCGGGAGUUUGACGAGUAAAAUUUGAAUAUCUACCCACCGAUGGGUGUUACUACUUGAUAUUUUUUAGAUUAUUCGUGAACUGCACAGUCUAGAACUUCCAGCUCUCUUGCUUACUAGCCAACGCCUUUAAUCUCAUAAAUCAACUUCGAGUAUUGGUCCUCGAGAGCUUCCAUAAAAUGGUCGUAAUCACCAUGCCUUCAUCGCAUCCAAAACAAGGAGAUCAUGACAUCCCAAGCCUACGUCAAAAAUCAAUCCAAUCCGUCAAAACACUCCUCUCACCACGCAAUCCCCGACAAUUCUCCAAACUACUCCAAUUCAGCCCUCUCAAAAUCUCUUCAUCUGAGCAACCCCUCAAAUCAACCCCAGCAUUCCACCUCUUCCGCGAACUCCCAUCCGAAAUCCGCACCAUGAUAUGGAGUAUCUAUAUCACCUUCCCACGCAUCCACAUCCCCAUCCCCAGCACCGACUCCACACCAUCAAACCCCUCACCUCUAAUCCUAACCCGCGCACCUCAACUCCACCCCUCCCUCUACAUAUCCCACGAAUCGCGCUCGACCUACCAACAGACCUGCUGGCUCGAAACCCUCCGACGCAUGCACAUGCGCACGCGCACAGGAGUGCCCAUCUCACAUCCCCCCUCUGCAUCAUUCACCUCGCAUUCUUUCAUGCACUGUCUCGAAGGAAACGAGAUGAUAAAUUGGGACACGGAUAUUUUCUGGUUCAAGGGUAUUUCAACCGUCAAGAGGUUAUCGGAGGGGAGUCUCGGCAGUCAGAUGAAGAGGUAUGAGGAUGUGCGGAAGGUGGCGUUGGACUAUACGGUGUUGGAUUAUGAGGAGGAGAGUGAGCAUUGGAGGAGGAGGUUUAAGAUUGGUUGGUAUGGGUUGGUUUGUGUGUUGCAUUUGUUUGAGUACUUGGAGGAGGUUUAUUUUGUGCUUGAUGCGGAGGGGGAUGUGAGAAGGGAUGUGAAAGGCGAUGUGAAAGGGAAUGCAGAGGUAUCGUUUGAGAUGGUCGACGUAGAGGAGAGGGUAAGAAGGAGAUUAGAGGGUGUCAACGCGAAAGUAGGUGCAGAUGGAGAUGGAUUGUGUUUUCCUCAACUGGAUGAGAGAGGUGUGUAUCCAGCUCUAGAACGUCUAUUUUCUCGCUGGGAACGAUGUCAUGGGUGGCAGAAGCCCAGGGUCCAAUUUGUUUAUGCUAGGAAUAUUGGUUGAUGAUGACUGUGCAUAUUAUUUCCAACAGGACAUCAGGCACGCAGGCAUGCCAUGUCGUAAUAAUAAGAUGGGUAUACUUCAUUAUAUAUUCAUCCUCGAGUGGAAAAUAGAUGGUCAACUUUUCAUCCUGUCGAGUGUCCACCAUCUUCA